GGAAAUCGCUAAUGUGAUAUAUUAACCACCAAAGUCAUUGCAAUAAGAAACAACAAUUACAUUUAAUAAGGUUAGAAGAAAUAUUAAAAGAUAUUAUUAGUACUUAAUACUGUUUUCAAUAUUAUAUUCUAGUAAUUAAAUAUGAGUUCUAUCCUGGUCAAUAGCAAUGGUACAAGAUUAAAGAGAAGAAAAUGUAAUGAAAUUGAAUAAUGAAUAAGCAAGGAGAAUCACCUAACCACGUCAGUGCUUCCUGUGAAUCACAAAUUAUAAAAGACAAAAUAAUUAUGGUUUGAUUUCAACUCCCAUCAAACUCAACAACAUCCUUAUCAUCAAUUAUAAGCCCUCUCCAACUUGAAUACUCCCACUUGCUGGAAAACCCUAUCUUCCAAAAUGACAUAGAAACAAGAAAAAAUAAAAUAAAUCAUAAAGAAACUAUCUUUCUCCUCUCCCAUGGAUACUUUGUCGAGCUCAGUUUCCACCAUUAAAGUUCCUACCUUUCAUUCCAAUUCUUCUUCUCGUGAACUCACUCAUUUCAAGUCUACUUCUACUCUAUACACCCCAAACUCCCUCCUCUUCUCAACCCACAAGCCCAUCAACAACACCAACUCAAUCUCCACCAAGCCCAACUCUUUCAACAACCCCAUUUUCCAAUCCUCAUCUCGGCCCUCAUCCCCAUCUUUUGCGGCGAUUCACAGGAAAGCCUCCGCCGGUUACGCCGCGGCUCUGCUCGACGUAGCUCAACUCAACAACUCGGUUGACUCGGUUGGGAAAGAUGUGGAGAGAUUGUCCAAGCUUCUAAAGAACAACCGGGUUCGGGCUGUUUUGUCCGACCCGUUUCUGGAAGAGGAAGAAAAGGGUCGUGUGGUUAAGGGGUUAGUGGAGAAAGGAAGGUUUAAUAGGCAUUUGGUGCGUUUAGUAAAAAUGUUGGUUGGAAAAAACAAGGUGGGUCUUUUAGGUGAAGUUUUGGACGAAUUCGAGUGGGUAUAUGAUGAGAUUUUGGGGACUCAAAUGGUUCUGGUUUCGUCCAAAAAUAGAAUGGCAGAAGAACAUUUAACCGGGAUUGCUCGAAGGGUUCAGAAGCUUACUGGAGCUGUUAAGGUUAAGGUGAGGAAUUUGGUUGGUGUCAUUGAUCAUCACAGUUCGGUUUCGUUUGCUGUUUAAAGAAUCUCUUGUUCUAAUGAAACAGAGGUUUUUACUGUAAAACACAUAACUGGAUGUGUUUGAAUAUUUGGUUUUUGGAAUAUCCGUCUUCAACUAAGAGUUUGGGUUUAGUUAGUUGGUUUAGUGAGGGAGAGUUUGAUUGGGAUUAAUGGCAGUUAUUAAGGUAGGGUGGUAGUAGUAGAACUAUAAACUGAAUGAUAUAUGAUCUAAUACAUGGAUUUUAAUUGAAA